GCCCGGCUCCCUCCCGGUCCCCGCCUCGGCCCCGGGCUCCGAAGCGGCUCGGGGGCGCCCGGUCGGCCAGCGUCGUCGCCCACCGCCUGCCCAGCCCCCCGCCCCCGGGGACCCAGGCUCGCCAGCGCGCGCAGCGGGGAGCCGGCCGGGACGCGCCAUGGGGGGCCCCUCCGCCCUGCCCCUGCUACUGCUCCUCGCCAGCUGCGGGGCGCCCGGCGGGGCCAACCUCUCCCAGGACGGCUACUGGCAGGAGCAGGAUUUGGAGCUGGGAACUCUGGCUCCACUCGGCGAGGCAAUCAGCUCCACAGUCUGGAGCAGCCCUGACAUGCUGGCCGGUCAAGAUAGCCAGCCCUGGACGUCUGAUGAGACAGUGGUGGCUGGUGGCACCGUCGUGCUCAAGUGCCAAGUGAAGGAUCAUGAGGACUCAUCCCUGCAGUGGUCUAACCCGGCCCAGCAGACUCUCUACUUUGGGGAGAAGAGAGCCCUCCGUGACAAUCGGAUCCAGCUGGUCAGAUCUACUCCGCACGAGCUCAGCAUCAGCAUCAGCAACGUGGCGCUGGCGGACGAGGGCGAGUACACCUGCUCCAUCUUCACCAUGCCCGUGAGGACCGCCAAGUCCCUCGUCACCGUGCUCGGAAUCCCACAGAAGCCCAUAAUCUCUGGCUAUAAGUCAUCAUUACGGGAAAAAGAAACAACCACCCUAAACUGUCAGUCUUCUGGAAGCAAGCCUGCAGCCCAGCUGACCUGGAGGAAAGGUGACCAAGAGCUCCACGGGGAACCGACCCGCGUCCAGGAAGAUCCCAACGGAAAAACCUUCACCGUGAGCAGCUCAGUGACCUUCCAGGUUUCCCGGGACGAUGACGGGGCAGACAUCGUAUGCUCUGUGAACCACGAAUCUCUAAAGGGGGCUGACAGAUCCGCCUCUCAGCGCAUCGAGGUUCUAUACACACCAACGGCGAAGAUUAGGCCAGACCCUCCGCAUCCCCGUGAGGGCCAGAAGCUGUUGCUUCACUGUGAGGGUCGCGGAAAUCCCGUCCCCCAGCAGUACCUGUGGGAGAAGGAAGGCAGUGUGCCCCCGCUAAAGAUGACCCAGGAGAGUGCCCUGAUCUUCCCCUUCCUCAACAAGAGCGACAGCGGGACCUACGGCUGCACAGCCACCAGCAACAUGGGCAGCUACAAGGCCUACUACACGCUCAACGUGAACGACCCCAGCCCAGUGCCCUCGUCGUCCAGCACCUACCACGCCAUCAUUGGUGGGAUCGUGGCUUUCAUCGUUUUCCUGCUUCUCAUCCUGCUUAUCUUCCUGGGCCACUACUUGAUCCGGCACAAAGGAACCUACCUGACACACGAGGCCAAAGGCUCGGAUGACGCCCCAGAUGCAGACACAGCCAUCAUCCACGCAGAAGGCGGGCAGUCGGGCGGGGAUGACAAGAAGGAGUAUUUCAUCUAGAGGCGCCCAGCCACCUCCUAUGCCCCCAGGGGCCCUGCGGGGACUGCCGGGGCCAUCGCCAACCUGGACUUGUACAGAGCGACCCCAGGGCCGCCCCUCCCGCUUGCUCCCCGGCCCCCCCACCCCCCUGUACAGAAUGUCUGCUUCGGGUGCGGUUUUGUACUCGGUUUGGAAUGGGGAGGGAGGAGGGCGGGGGGGAGGGAGGGUUGCCCUCAGCCCUUUCCGUGGCUUCUCUGCGUUUGGGUUAUUAUUAUUUUUAUAACAAUCCCAAAUCAAAUCCGUCUCCAGGCUGGAGGGGCAGGGGCCCGGGGUGAGGAAAGCUAAAGGCCCUGGUGUGUUAGGAGGAGGGCGAAGGCGGAGGGGUAAGGACAGGACUCUGAGCCGGGCUGGUGGGGGGGCGGGUGCCCUCUCCAGCCCCGCGUCCUCCACCUGGCUUUCUCCGGGGAGGGGAUGGGGAGGUGUGGGGAGGUGGUGGGCGGAAGCCGCAGGGGGCCCUCCCUCUGCUGGCCAGCCGCACACCUCGAGCUGGGGACAGGGAACCAGGCGCCGCCCCGUCGCCUCCCCCCUCCUCCACCACGGCGGGAGAGGGGCGAGCGGGGGGGGGGGGGGGGGGGGGGGGUCCCGAGGAGGCGUGACCUGCAGGUGGCAGGCAGCCAGGCAGGGACCCCGGGCCUCGCCCCGGGGCGGAUGCAGGCCCCCGCGAGGAGGCGUGGGUCCUGGCAGAGGACCUCGCAGAGGCAGAGGAAGGAUGGCAGAGAUGGCGUGGACCCCUGGGCCCCCUCCGCGGCCGGGGAAGCCGGGCCCCUCGGGGGCGGCGCAGAGGAAGGCUGUCCCCUCCCAGCUCCGGCAGCUGUGGGAGCGGCGCCGCCCCGGCCCCCUCGCGCUGACCCGAGCCCCGAGCCCUGACUGUCGCUCGGCAACCACUCCUCCAUGGCAUCGCUCGGCAACCACUCCUCCCCGGCUUGUGCCGCCUGCACCCCUUCCCGUCCCCUCAGCAGCCAGGCAGACAUAACAACAAAAAUACUAAAAGGAGCUUCACUGCACUGA